CAGACAUAAAGCAGCUUAGUCACCGGUAUUUUUAAUUUUUUGUUUUGAUCAGUUUCUUUUAGAGAAUAUGACAAUUGGGAGCAAUUGAUAAGGGUUUGUGAGCUUAUUCAUUGGUGUGUUUUCAUCUCGUAAACUCAACUACGUUGCAGUUUACUUUAAAGCUUUAAAAGUGGACAUAAUGAAGAUAAGAGGAACUUACUUAGAUGCCAACCUAUCAUCAGGCAAGAGACUCUAUAGUUUUUGGACUAGCGACCAUCACAUCCCAGAAGAUCAUGAAUAUAAAUUUAUUGGAGAGCAAACUGACGGAAAAUCAAAUACUGACGUCCAUGAAGUUAUGUUUAAUACGUGCAUAAUGACAAAAGUUCCACAAGGACUCACAAAAACGUUCCCUAACCUCAAAAUGCUUAUUAUUUAUAACUCAAAAUUGAAGAAGAUCUGCAAAAAUGAUUUGGUUGAGUAUAAAAAUUUGGAGAAUUUUACUUGCUCGGGAAAUGAGAUUGAAUAUCUGCCUGGUGACUUGUUUGAGGAUUUUAAUAAUUUGAGAAUUAUUGACUUUUCAAAAAAUAAAUUGACUGUCAUACAUCCAAAUCUAUUGAAUGGAACCAUUUUGUUAUACACGGUAAAUUUUCGUGGAAAUCCAAAUUUUGAUAAAUGUUUCUCGAUCUAUCCAGUUACUGAUAAAAAUGCAUCUCUUGAAGAAAUAAGGCUCGAUUUGCACAAAAAAUACUGCUCGAGACCAAAUCAACAAUUCGAAGCGAAUAAUCAGAACAAGAAUCAAGCUAGAUUAAGCUUAACUGAUGAUAUUAAAAAUUUCUUAGCUGAUGAGACCACAAAGGACUUCAAGAUCAACAUCAACGACCGUGAAUUUCCAGUCCAUAAAUUCUUGCUCUCAGCUAGAAGUCCAACUCUGGCUGAAUUACUGAAAAACAACCCUGAAGUUGAAAAUCUUAAUUUAGUUGACAUUUCUGUGGAAACUUUUGAGAUAAUUCAUAAAUUUCUCUACACUGAUGGACUUCCUGGCGACUAUGGGACGAACUUUUUGCAUCUUUUUGCAGCUGCAGGGAAGCUCAAGAUCCAGGAACUUAAGAACUACGCAGCAAAUAAGCUGAUUGAUCAGAUCAACCAGGACAAUGUGAUCGACAUCCUCAAUGUAAGCAAAAACUAUGAGCAUGAAGAAUUGAGGACAAAAGCAUUUAAAGUAGUCAAGAAAAAGUACCCAAAAGUUGAAUUUAAGGAUGAAUGGGCAGCAGAUCCAGAAAAAUUGAUUAAAAUAAUUGAAAUCAUCAAGCAGCGAGAAGAAGCUGACAGAAAAUUGGAAGAAGAAUUUAAAAAAUUAGGGACAUGA